UCUCCCCUUCGGGCAAGGCCAGCGGGUGCUGUCCCCCGGGGCUGGCGCCGGAGGCCCCGCUAUGGACGGCGAGGGCGGAGCGGACUUUUCCAGCAGAAGCCUAACCCCCUUGUGGCGGCGGAGGUCGUCCCCGCAGCCCCUGCCGCCGGCCCGGAGCAAGCCGAGGCCCCAGUCGUACCAGAGCCCCAGCGGGCUGCUGAUCACGGAUUUCCCGGUGGAGGACCGGGGGGCCCUCCCCACCGCGCCGACUCCCGCCCAGGUGCCCGCCGUCAAGGACGGGAGGACGGUCCAGAGGAGCCCCCUGCUUCUGUGCGCCCCCGGGAGGCCCGUGGCCAAUGGGCGGACAGUCUCCCCGGAGUGCAGGACUGCUUCUCCCGGGCUCCUACGGCCCAAGGCACCCCAGACCCCCAAGCCGACGUCGGCUGUCUCCCCGAAACUCCCAGGGAACGGCACAGUGACCUCGCCUGCGCCCCUGCGCCCCCCGCGGACUCCUGACGCGCCCGCCCCCUGCAGCCCCCGGGAGGACCCCCCUGGGCCGAACGCAAGCCCGGCGCCCGAGCCCGUUGCCAACGGACUUGCCCUUAUUGGCCGCUUUACUGACCCCGGUUGGCGUUCCGGCCAGACGGCUCAGGACCCCGAGCAGGGAUCCUGGAGACUCUCGCCUGCGCCCCAGAAAAGGUCUUCGGCGCAAAAAGUCCCCUUGGAAAGGCUGCCCUCCCCGGAGUACGAGCCUUCGGAGCAUCCUGCGGUGGUUCUGAGUACCAACAGCCCCGUCGCCCUCAAGGUGGGGAAACAGCAGAUCAUCCCGAGGAACCUGGCCUCGGAAAUUAAAGUCAGUAAAUCCAGCAGCCAGAACGUGGAGCCCCACAGGAGAGUCCUCAAGGUGCGCAGCAUGGUGGAGAGCCUCGGAGCGCCCCUCGGCCAGGCGGGGGAGGACGGCGAGGCGGAGAACGACCUGGACAGCCCGGGCUCUCUGCGGAGGGGCUUGCGGUCCACGUCCUACCGCAGGGCGGUCGUCAGUGGCUUCGAUUUUGACAACCCCACCAGCUCGAAGAAAAAGAACAGAAUGUCCCAGCCGGUUCUGAAAGCAGUGGUGGAAGACAAAGAGAAGUUUUCCAGCCUGGGAAGGAUAAAGAAAAAAAUGCUGAAAGGACAAGGAGCAUUCGAUGGGGAAGAAAAUGCAGUCCUGUAUCAGAACUAUAAAGAAAAGGCUCUUGACAUUGACUCUGAUGAAGAGUCGGAGCCCAAAGAACAGAAGUCAGAUGAAAACAUUGUGGUUCACCAUAAGCCACUGAGGUCCACGUGGAGCCAGCUCUCUACGGUUAAAAGAAAUGGGCUAUCUCAGACAGUUAGCCAGGAGGAAAGAAAGAGGCAGGAGGCUAUCUUUGAAGUCAUAUCCUCUGAACGUUCGUAUUUACUCAGCUUGGAGAUACUGAUCCGAAUGUUUAAAAAUUCUAAAGAAUUGAGCAACACGAUGACCAAAACAGAGAGCCACCAUCUUUUCUCCAACAUUACAGAUGUCUGUGAGGCAAGCAAGAAAUUCUUUACGGAGCUGGAAGCAAGACAUCAGAAUAAUAUCUUCAUUGAUGACAUAAGUGACAUCAUAGAAAAGCACACGGCGUCCACGUUUGACCCGUACGUGAAAUACUGCACCAACGAAGUCUACCAGCAGCGGACCCUCCAGAAGUUGCUAGCCACCAAUCCAUCCUUUAAGGAAGUAUUAUCACGGAUCGAGACCCAUGAAGAGUGUAGAAACUUACCCAUGAUCUCCUUCCUCAUUCUGCCCAUGCAGAGGGUGACCCGCCUGCCUCUGCUGAUGGAUACCAUCUGUCAAAAAACGCCCAAGGACUCUCCGAAGUAUGAAGUAUGCAAAAGGGCUUUAAAGGAAGUAAGCAAGUUGGUUCGGCUGUGCAAUGAAGGAGCCCGGAAGAUGGAGAGGACUGAGAUGAUGUAUACCAUCAACUCCCAGCUGGAAUUUAAAAUUAAGCCCUUCCCUUUAGUCUCCUCUUCCCGGUGGUUGGUAAAAAGAGGUGAAUUGACAGCCUACGUAGAAGACACCGUGCUUUUCUCAAAAAGGACAUCCAAACAGCAGGUCUACUUCUUUCUCUUUAACGACGUCCUCAUUAUCACUAAGAAGAAGAGUGAAGAAAGUUACAACGUCAAUGAUUAUUCUUUAAGGGAUCAGCUGUUGGUGGCAUCUUGUGACAAUGAAGAGCUUAAUCCUUCUCCAGGAAGGAACAGUUCCACAAUGCUCUAUUCAAGACAGAGCUCCGCCAGUCACCUCUUCACUCUGACAGUCCUCAGCAACCACGCGAAUGAGAAAGUGGAAAUGCUGCUAGGAGCUGAGACCCAGAGUGAGAGAGCCCGCUGGAUGACCGCCCUGGGACACGGCAGUGGGAAGCAGCCUCCUGACAGAACCUCACUGACCCAGGUGGAAAUCAUUCGAUCGUUCACGGCCAAGCAGCCCGAUGAGCUGUCCCUGCAGGUGGCAGAUGUGGUCCUCGUCUAUCAGCAAGUUGGUGACGGCUGGUAUGAGGGGGAGCGGCUGCGAGACGGAGAGCGGGGCUGGUUUCCCAUGGAGUGUGCCAAGGAGAUAACGUGCCAAGCUACGAUCGAUAAGAACGUGGAGAGGAUGGGACGUCUGCUGGGCCUGGAGACCAACGUGUAGCCUCUUGGAUGACGCUUCGUUCCUGCGAGAUGGCACUAUGCCAUGGUGGGCUGGUUGGCCCUAGGCUUGCUCAUUUUAACACGGCCUGUUUCAUUCAGAGAACGGGAAACUUCCCUGUAAGCUUGCCGGGUGCUUUCAUACUCUCAGGAGAGCAGCUGCUGGGGAGAGCAAGAUCACAAAGCCCAGUUUGUACCCACCAUCCACUUGCAGACCUCUCCAGGUACAUGGUGUAGCUGAGCUGGCCGUUGUGGGGAUCAGGCAGCCUCGGCUUCUUCUAGUCUCACCGUGCUCUGGCACAAAGUGUAGGUGAGCUGCUGUGUACUGUUGUUUGCUCCCCUCGCUUCACUAAGAACCUUACUGUCCCUCCCUAAACAUCUCCCUAAACGGCUCUCCCAGUCUUGCUGAGAUUUUAUGUCCGUAAGGGAUGCCCAGAGUUGUAAAUAGUUCUGUAGCCUCUUAUUUCGAAGACCUGAUUUUAAUGCUGUGUUAAUUUCAGAAGGAACUGGCAGAGUUCAGAAGGUGAGCUGUUAGAACGGUUUUUUUAAGCCUCUUCCCAGGAAAAGGGAAUUGACACUUGAAUCUUAGCCGCCUUUUUUUCUCAUUAGAAGGAGAGUCAGGAGGCUUACUUUAAGGAUUUUUUUUGGAGUCCAUCUCACCUGAUAUGGGUCUUACAUAAGCAAAGCCUAAUGAAACCUAAGUGACUCUAACACUGUAGAAUUCAGGUGGGUUCACGUGAGUGAGAAAACCCUGAAAGUAGGUCAGAAGUCCUACUUUUUUAAAUAUCCCCUGAUGAGUAGCUAAACGGACAUGAGGCAGCUUUGCCUUCAAGAAUGCCAGGUUUUUGACCAUUCCUGGUCCCCUUUCCAAGUAGGACAUUGGCCAGGACACACUUUAACAACCUCGAGGAAGGGAAGAUUAGGCCUGGGAAGGUACUAAGAAUCCAGUAUGGUGGCUAAAUGAAACGUAGCCCUUGGACCUGAAAGGGAACCUGUUCACUUGCACUAAAGGUCUUGCUUGCUGAAUUUGGAGUUUCCCUCAGCUGGAGGUUCCUGCGGAAUUUUAUACCCUCCCGCCAGUGUAGGGAAAGGAGCCCCCAGGUGAUGCAAACGGCUGGCCGCUAGUGCAAAGGUUGGCAGUUUGCACCCACCCUGGGGCUCCUCAGAAGAAAGGCCUGGCGAUCUGCUUCCAAAAGAUCCAAGCCUUGAACACCCUGUGGAGCAGUUCUGCUCUGCACACACAGGCUCACCAUGAGUGGGAAGCGACCCGACGGCAACCAACGACAGUCCAAGGACAGAGCACGGUUAUUGUAACAGUCGGCUUCAUGGAGAGCUGAGAAGCAGGUCUGGAAGACUGAGGGAGAAGUGGUUUUGACUGGCAGCUGCUUUCUCUCAUUACUCCCAUUCUUUCCGCAAAGGGCACCUGGUAUUCAGGGACUCAGCUCUGUGUGUGACAGGUCCCAGCUCCAGUCUGACAACCAGUUAGCUAAAUCGUGAGUAAAGAUGCUGGAGGCGAGUGUGCUUGGCUUACACCCUGGGUGUCCUGCCACCUCAGCCGUGAGCCCGGGGGGUGCGCAGGGGCCUUCUCCCCCCUCACCCAGGUUCUUUUCCGCUUUGCAUACAUUUCUGGUUGCAAAAGCCAUGCCAGGUCCCAGUGUGUCAGUGUAGGGAAACCACAGCAGUGAUGACUUGGGGCAUGCAUAUAAAGAAGCCUGUCUCCUCUGGAACGAUGUCAGAGACUUUUUAGAGGAGAAGCUAACACGUUGUAAUCGAAUCUAAUGUGAUGUUUUCAUUUAGGAAGGAAACAAGAUUGUUGCUUGCCAAGAGAUCAUUUUGUAUUAUUUUUGCUGAUACCGUUUGUUAAAAAGCAGCCAUGUGAAUCCUGUGAAUUAAUUUAUGAGUUGAGGCGUGAAGCAGUUUUGGACGUAUCUGCACCUUCUAAAUCAAAACCUUAUUUACCAAGCAGGUUAAUACUGUUGCUGGAUAUAUGGCAGGUGUAUAACCCAUUUACAGUGUUUAAUUUCGACACAGGAUUUUUUCCAAACCUAGUUCAGUUUCUAGGAAUACCUUCUCUCAAUUGUACAGUGACUUCAUCCAGUGACCUGUGGAGGACAAAAAUGUUCAUUAUUGUCCCAAUAAGCUGAGACUGCUUUGUAUACUUUUGGCAAAACAUGUGGAUUUAUAAAGAUUUUGUGUAUACUUGUACUUUUGUGCUGGUGUGAUUUAAUUUACUGUAGGUGGUUUUCAGUCAAGUAGACAGUUUGCUGAAUUUUUGGCUAAAUCAGGGUUUCUACUCCCAAAGUGUCUCUAGCUAACGUUGAAGGGAACGAAUUUCUUCUCUGUGGGUACAUGCUGGCAUCAGCUGCUCUGUAAGACAACCAUUUUUAAAAGCUGGGGCCAUACAGUUUCUUCUCAUGGUUCCCACAAAACUGUAUAUGACAGUAGCUUUUCUUAAGUAGUUCAUAGUUCCCUUACUGUU